GGGCUGUAGUUAUUCUAUUAAAAGUUGCAACAAUGAGCAAAGACGAUAAAACAAUUGCUAAAAUUGAAAAAAAGGAGGUUGAAGAUAUUUCCCAUAAUAGUCGAAAACGUACUCAUUCAAACACUUCUGAUGUUGUAGAAGCCAAAAAACGAAGUAUUGUUGAAUCUAAUGCAAACACAAUGAAUUAUAAAUUUGAUUUGAAUAAAUCAAAUCCAUUCAAUGGAAGACCUUAUUCUCAACGAUUUUUUGAAUUUUUGAGAAAAAGGAUGGCUUUGCCAGUUUGGGACUAUAGAGAAAAGUUUCUUGAACUUCUCAACAAAAAUCAGUGUUUGGUGCUUGUUGGGGAAACUGGAAGUGGAAAAACAACACAAAUCCCUCAAUGGUGUUUAGAUUAUGCAAGAGAGAAGGGGGUUAUGAUGGGUAAAAAAUAUAUGGUUGCCUGUACACAACCGAGACGUGUGGCGGCAAUGAGUGUUGCUAACCGUGUUGCUGAUGAAUUAGAUGUUCAGCUUGGUCAAGAAGUUGGAUAUUCUAUCCGUUUUGAAGAUUGUGUUAGUGACCGAACAAUUCUCAAAUAUUGUACAGAUGGUAUGCUUUUGAGAGAGGCGAUGAAUAAUCCUUUGCUUGAACAAUAUGAAGUCAUUCUGCUCGAUGAGGCUCACGAAAGGACGCUUGCCACGGAUAUUCUUAUGGGUUUAAUUAAGGAAAUUACAAAACAACGUAAAGAUUUAAAAAUUGUUGUUAUGAGUGCUACUUUGGAUGCUGGAAAAUUUCAAAAUUAUUUUGAUAAUUGUCCUCUUCUUUCUGUUCCUGGACGAACUUUUCCUGUUGAAAUAUUUUAUACUCCUGAACCAGAAAGGGAUUAUUUAGAAGCAGCUGUCCGGACUGUAAUACAAAUUCAUAUUUGUGAAGAAGUUCAAGGAGAUAUUUUACUUUUUCUUACUGGACAGGAGGAAAUUGAAGAUGCGUGUAAACGAAUUAGAAAAGAAGUUCAAAAUCUUGGUCCUGAAGCUGGUGAUUUAGUUUGUAUCCCUUUAUAUUCAACACUUCCUCCAAAUAUGCAACAACGAAUUUUCGAUCCUCCACCUCCGAAUAGACCAUCUGGAGGAAUAAGUCGUAAAUGUGUUGUAUCCACCAACAUUGCUGAAACUUCUUUAACUAUUGAUGGUGUUGUUUUUGUAAUUGAUCCUGGUUUUUCUAAACAAAAAGUUUAUAAUCCAAGAAUUCGUGUUGAGAGCCUCCUAGUUUGUCCCAUUUCUAAAGCUUCAGCAAUGCAAAGGGCUGGAAGAGCUGGAAGGACAAAACCAGGAAAAUGUUUUCGAUUAUAUACAGAAAAAGCCUAUAAAACUGAUAUGCAAGAACAAACUUAUCCGGAGAUUCUUCGUUCUAAUCUUGCUUCUGUUGUUUUGCAAUUAAAAAAAUUGGGAAUAGAUGAUCUUGUACAUUUUGAUUUUAUGGAUCCGCCAGCGCCUGAAACGCUUAUGAGGGCUCUAGAAUUAUUAAAUUAUUUGGUAGCGAUUGAUGAUAAUGGUGAAUUAACACAACUUGGUUCAUUAAUGGCUGAAUUUCCUUUGGAUCCUCAAAUGGCAAAAAUGCUUAUAGCUUCUACCGAUUUAAAUUGUUCUAAUGAAAUUUUGAGUAUUACAGCUAUGCUUUCUGUUCCCCAAUGUUUUGUUCGUCCAAAUGAAAUUAAAAAACAAGCGGAUGAGGCUAAAGCAAGAUUUGCACAUAUCGAUGGAGAUCAUUUAACACUUCUUAAUGUUUAUCACGCAUUUAAACAAAGUACCUAUAUAUUUUUAAAUUAUUUUUUGAAUAUUUUUUUAGAUCGAGAUGAUCCCCAAUGGUGUUAUCAAAACUUUAUUAAUUACCGUUCAUUAAAAAAUGCUGAUGAUGUGAGAACUCAACUAGCGAGAAUUAUGGAUAAAUUUAAUUUGAAGCGUGUUUCUGCUGAUUUUAAUUCAAGAGAUUAUUACAUAAAUAUAAGAAAGGCUCUUGUUGCUGGAUUCUUUAUGCAGGUUGCCCAUUUGGAGAGAAGUGGACAUUAUGUAACAAUUAAAGAUAAUCAAAUAGUUAAUUUACACCCAUCUUCUGUUCUUGAUCACAAACCAGAAUGGGCUUUAUAUAAUGAAUUUGUUCUUACAACCAAAAAUUAUAUUCGAACUGUCACCGAUGUUCGUCCAGAAUGGCUGAUUCAAAUUGCCCCUCAAUAUUAUGAUGUUAAUUCAUUCCCAGAAGGAAGUGAUGCUAGAAGAAAAUUAAAUGCGAUAAUUGCUGCAUCUAGACAGUAAAGAUACUACAAAAAAGCUUGUUCUUUAAUAUUUUUUACAAUUCUGCGCCCGUUUUAUAAUAUUGUAUUUAAAAUAAAUCAGCAUUAAAACAAUCGAGUGUCACAGCGGGGUGAUGUAAACGAAAGGAGCGCUAAUUUUCCGCUCACCAAAAAUAAAUUGAAGACAUGAAUAUAAAGGGCGUAGUUUAAAAAUGGGGGAGAUUUUGAUAGAGGGUUUUUAAAAGAUAUAAAGGAAUUUUUUGGAAACAUUUUUGUUGGAGCACCACAAAAUCCUUCUCCUCCCAUACUACGCCCCUUAAUUAUUAAAGAAACAUUAAAAUUAAGA